UGUCACUACCACUGAGAAAUCUAUUUCCCAGUUUCACACUAUUGAGAAAGAAAACAUUAUAGCACUACGCUCUGAGGAUGUGUUAUUUGAGUUCUCUGGAAGUAGAUAUACCAAUGAAUACCAUAUUGCUACUGUAGCUUUGUCCCUUCUUCGUUUCCUUCGUGUUGUUGAAAAUUCGAAUGUAAAAAUACGUAUGGUUAGAUUAUUACUUUGUAUAGCGAGCAAAGUACGAUAAACGGUUUUGGUUGAAUACGGAAGGCAAUUCGGAAAAUUGCAACAUAAUAAAAGUACUAAUGACCAACAGACGUAUGACUCAUUCUUAUCCCAAAUAGAAGAAAAUGAUGAAGUAUUCAAAAAGAAUACUUUUCAACAUGAAAUAUUUCAUCAUUUUCUUCUAUUUGGGAUAAGAAUGGGUCAUACGUGUGUUGAUCAUUAGUACUUUUAUUAUGUUGGAAUUUUCCGAUCGUCUUCCGCAUUCAACCAAAACCGUUUAUCGUACUUUGCUCGCUAUAUAAAGUAAUAAUCUAACCAUACGUAUUUUUACAUUCGAAUUUUCAACAACACGAAGGAAACGAAGAAGGGACAAAGCUACAAUAGCAAUAUGGUAUUCAUUGGUAACAUUAUUCUUAUCUGUUUAACGGUUCUUAUUGUAAAAUCAGCAACAAUACGUAAAAAUGCAACUCUCACCACAAAUCCAUCAUCGCAUAUCGAUAAUCCAAAAUUAUUACGUAUCCCAAUGACUCGUGUUCAUGUUAAAUAUCCAACACAACGACAUUUAACGAAAAAUCAUAGAAGAUAUCAUAAUGGUACUCAUUCACCGGAAAACAGAAUUGUAACAGAGAAUAUAGAUGAAAAAGCAAAAUCAUUAAGUAGUGGUAUAUUUGUUGAGGGUUUAAAUUCUCAAUGGUAUUAUUAUUUUGGAGCAAUUACAAUCGGCACACCUCCGCGUACAUUUUAUAUGGAUUUCGAUACAGGUUCUGCUGAUAUGUGGGUAUUUUCAAGCCAAUGUCGAGCAUCAUACUGUAGAGCUCAUAAUUUGUAUAAUAACAAAUUAUCAAGAACCUAUAUACCUCAAGGUGAUCCUUUUGAAAUUACCUAUGGUGAAGGUAAUGUUAAUGGUUUCUUUUCAAUUGAUCAAGUUCGUAUUGCUGGUGCAACUAUAACACAGCAAUUUGCUGAAGUUACCUCCGGUGCUGCUGUUGUUGAGGGUACAUAUGAUGGUCUUAUUGGUAUGGGUUUUAUUAGUCAAGUAGCAGAUGAUGAAUAUCCUGUUGUCUAUCAGUUAUAUCGAUUAAAACAAAUAACAGCUCCUCAAUUUUCAUUUUAUUUCUCUACAGCUGACAAGGAAACUGCCAAUGGAGGUGAAUUAAUCUUGGGUGGCGUAGAUAAAUCAAAAUUCACAGGAUCAAUAAUUUGGACGCCUGUAACGGCUCAAUUUUAUUGGCAAUUUAGUUUAACAAAGUAAAUAUUCAAACACAUUUCACCUUAAGCUUACUUUUGAGCGUUUUGAUUAGCUGGCUGCAGUUCUUGAGC